UGAAGAAUAAAAUUUAACAUUCAUUCAAAAAAUAUAUAUAUAUUUUUGUACUGUAUAAUUGUUGAUAAACCAUGUUUUCUGAAGUUUUAAACCUAAAUUUUACGGUGCAUAAACAUUAACAAACCUUCAAGCAAACAAGUGAUUAAGAGGACUCCACAAACAUUACUGUUAGUUAAAACGGCGGUUACGGUAAAAAAAAGACACAAAAAAACAAGACUCAGUCUCAGCAAUACAGUAUUUACAGCUUAACUUUUCGGCCCAAUAAUGGCAUAGGCCCAUUAAGUAGUUUCUCACAGUCGACGUGUGGACUCGGUGACUCAUCUACCUCCUCAUAUGGCGUUGAUCUCAUCCUCAUCGUUCCCUCCGGCGUUAUCCAGACGAUUGACCCACACACGAACAAUCACGAUCCGCUCCAACUCAUCAAAACCAAUGGCGAAGAACCUAGCCGACGGCGGAGAAACCUCAAAGCGUAUCGUCGUAUGCGGCGGAGGCGUGAUCGGCGUCUGCACGGCGUACUUCCUCGCCAAGAAAGGAGUCUCCGUCACUCUCGUCGAACAAUCCGCCGUAGCGUGCGCCGCUUCGGGUAAAGCCGGAGGCUUCCUCGCUUUCGAUUGGUGCGAUGGAAGUCCGGUUGGGUCCUUAGCACGCGCGAGCUUCGACCUCCAUCGAUCCCUCGCCGAGGAGCUAAACGGCGUCGAAUCGUAUGGGUACAGACCUCUAACGACCCUCAGCGUCACCGUAACGGAAUCAAAGCCUGUGUCGUCGGGAGGUUUGGGCUUACCUGAUUGGGUCAACGGCCCGGUUAAAAGCCCAUCUACGAUUGGCACGACGCAGACGACAGCGCAGGUGCAUCCCCAGCUCUUCACCAGGAAGGUGUUGUCGACGGCGGUGGAGAAGUACGGUGUCGAGGUUGUGAUCGGGAGGCUUGAAGAGGUGAGGGUGGAGCAAGGGCGAGUUGACUCGGUCGUGCUCGAAGGUGGGCGAGUUAUAGAGGCUGACUCGGUGGUUCUUGCGAUGGGACCGUGGUCCGAUAAGUUAGAGAUGUUGUCUUCGGUGUUUAGGGUGUACGGUACGAAAGCUCAUAGCAUUGUCCUUGAACCGAAAGAGCCAAACGCUAUAACUCCCCACGCUCUUUUCUUAAGUUAUUAUCCUUCUAACGGUGGUGGGGCCCUGGACCCUGAAGUGUACCCUCGUCCCACAGGUUUGUUGUUUAUUUUGACAGGUGAAGUGUACUUAUGUGGAAUGUCAUCACAAGAAGAAGUACCUGAUGAUCCAGAUCAGGUGACUAGCAAUCCUGAGUCCAUAGAGGUUCUGAAAAGAGUAGCUAAAACAGUUUCGAGUUAUCUGAACGAAGAAAACGCUCAAGUGAAGGCAGAGCAAGCUUGUUUCUUGCCUAGCACCGAAGAUGGUGUCCCCGUGAUCGGUGAGAUUCCGGGUAUCAAAGGUUGUUAUGUAGCCACAGGACAUAGCUGCUGGGGGAUUCUAAAUGGUCCAGCUACUGGCUCUGCAUUAGCUGAGCUGAUUGUAGACGGUGUGGCCACUAGUGUUGAUCUUAGCCGGUUUAGUCCUUCCCGGUUUAGCAAGCGAAGAUGAAUUGAAGGGGUGUAGUAAACUUUUUAUCCUUAAUACUUCCUGUAAACGUUUAAUCUUUAAUCCAAAAUGCUGAAGUAGGGAAUAUCA